UCCUUACCCCAUGACUCGCAAGACAUAUGGCACAUUAGUUCAGCAGGCUUGACACCCUCCUGUUGCUGCCAUUGUCAAGGCCUUUGUGACUUUUAAUAGGUCCUGUAAAAAGCAGAGAAAGAGUCACUGGGGACAGUUUGGGCUAGAAAGGACAGGUAAGCCUUAAUUGCUGCCUGCCAUACAGCUGUUAAAGUUGCUGAAGCCUAGUCUGAAAAAAGGAGGUAAAGCUAUUCUGCAGGACAAGUGUUAAAGGAAUGUUGCAGGCUUCCUCCAACAUCUGAUUAAACCUUUCAUUCUGGGAUAUAUUCUGAAUGUGCACCCUGAAUUCCUACCGGGACCUUUUACUCAGAAUGCCCUGAGUGAGAGGAGGUGCCAGCAACAAAACAGGCUUUAGGGAUUUCCUAUGGAUCCCAGGUGACUGGAAAAGGAUGCACCUUAGUGGCUUUAUAUUUGAAGAACCCUGGGCAGACCCUGUGAAGAACUGUACCCAUGCUCAAACUGGAGGUGUGGAAAGCAGGAAAAGAAGUCCAGAGCUAUCUGACAAAAAGUUUCUGACAAAGCACAUUGCUGGAAAAUAAGUGCACAUCUCCCUCCUUUUAUCAUCAGGAUAAGCAUUUUUGGGGACACAUGCAUUUAUUUGGUUGCUUGGAUCAUUAAUAUUUGCUUUAACCUAUAGAAUGAAGCAUGGACUCUCUUAAGGAAGAGUAACUACUUACCAAUAUGAAAAUAACUAACAGCGUUCAAUUUCUGAUUUUCAAUUUCAGAAGUAAAGGAGAGAUUAAAAUUCACUUGAAUUGUCUGGUGAAGGAUGUGGGCUCACAUGUAUGGCUUCAUAGUCUUGCCCCAUCUUGGCGGAUUCCUUGGUUUGUUAUUUACCCAGAAAGAAGUGCCAGUAUGGUUUGAAAAUCUGAAGAAACCAUCAUGGCAUCCACCAAAUAUAAUGUUUCCACUUGCUUGGACUACACUGUGCACAAGCAUAGGCUACGCUUCAUAUCUGGAGUGGAUGGACCUUGAUGGCUUCAAUAGCAGAGCCGUCAUGCCCCCAGGCCUGUAUAUAACUCAGCUGGCCUUGAACUGGGCAUGGACUCCUUUACUUUUCUUCGGAGCUCAUAAACUAAAGCUUUAACCUGCCCUGACUGACAUUGUGUGUCUGUACGGGCUAGUGCUAUGCACCAUAUAUUCCUGGUACCCUGUUAACAAGCUUGCAACACUAAUGAUGCUACCUUAUCUUGCCUGGCUGAUUUUGGUAUCAUCUCUCACCUACUGCAUCUGGCGAGACAAUCCAGAAAAGGGAAAGAAAGAAUAAGAAAGAAGCUAGCUUUAUGCCAUUUGGUGAAACCUAUUCAUCCUGAAAACUGGUACUGUGAAGUUCAUUUGAUAGACACAGGAGCAUUUUCCCCAAACAUGGAAAUAGGGUGAUCUUUUUAAAAAUGUGAUGUUGCAUAUUUAUAAAGCUGCCGUACAGACUGAGCUUGAAUGCAUCAAUUUCUGCUCUUACUCAAAGAGCAAUCCUAGACAAUGGUACACAGAAGGAAGUCCUACUGAGUUCAGUGGGGCUUUCAUCCAGGUAAGUGGGCAUAGGAUUACAGACUUAACACCUUAAUGAGUUGAUGUCAUCAGGUUUCAGUUGCCUAGUCAUAUCCUCAGUAAUCCUUGGAUCUAGCUUUGCAUUGUUCUGUCAGCUCAUGCUUUAAAAAAAAUAGGAAUUAUUCUGGAAGUGUAAAAGAUUCAACAAAAGCAGAAUCAGCUUACAUGGGAUUUGUAAAAAUUGUGCUAAUAAAAGAUUGUGCUAAUGACAUUGAGUUCUGCUUCCUUUGCACAUUUGUGCUUUUAAGUGUCUAUAUUAUUACCUUUCCCUCUCCCAUUUUUCUCUUCUCUCUGGUCUUUUCCCACUAUCAACAUUUAGACUGGAAGCUCAUCAGAGCGGAGAUUGUUUUGUGCGUGUUGUACUCUAUAAGGAUCAUGUACAUUAACACCAUUUAAAUAAACAGUGUGUUGUAUGCCUAAAGUAUGAAUGUGACCAAACAUGUUAUUUACCAAACAAUGUUAAAACAAACACAG